CCCACCUCGAUCUCCUCCUCUUCAGCACUGAGGGUACCAAGUAUUUCACAUUAAAGGCAGUUUGCCCUCUCUGGUACACAGAACGUCUUAGAAAACAGUGUACCAGUUUCCUCGUGUUAGGGGGAAAAUGAAAAGUAAAUUAACCUAAUUCGUUUUGUGCUCAACGCAGGAUCUUCGCCUUCUGAAACGGGAACUGAAAUUUGGCUCGUCAGCAUCGAGUUGCUGAUGAAAAUCUUGGUCACCUCAGCAUUUGCCGUCUUUUUGUCUCCUUAAGAAAAAAAAAGUUAUGGGAAGUGUUUUGUACGUAUGAUAAACAUAUUUAUGAAAGUGACUGCUAAAUUGUCCAGAAAUCCUAUCCUUAAGGCUAAAAUCCUGUAAGGAAAUAGAUAAACAUAAUCAUAUAAUUGCAUAAUUAAAGCCUUUACCAUAAUACUCGUCUAAAUGUAGCACAUUAAGUGCAGUACUUAAGUACUGUGAGAAGACUAGUUGUUGACAUUGUGUUGUGAAAGGUACAAAAGGAAAAAUAUACAAAAAGAAAUGUUAAUAUAAUAUUUAAAAAAAAAGACCCAAACAACAACAACAAAAAAAAAUCUUGAUUUCAAGCACUUUGUUAGAGCUUUAUGAUCAGGAUCAUUACAGGCAUGUUAGGAACUGAGACUGUCAGUGCAUAGACAGGAGGAGAACUUGGGCUGUAGUUGGGAGUAUUGUAGUUUCCUGAGCUGCUAGUAAAGGAAGGAAAGACUUGAACUUGUGCAGUUUAUUUUUGUCUGUUUAUUUUCCAUUAAUAACAUUUGAAUCCCUUAGCUAGAAUCAGCCACAAUUAACAAAAUGUUUUCGAAAAAUAAUUUGGAAAGGAGCAUAUGACCCCCUCAAAAAACCAGCGUCAUGAAUGGCAAUUACAUCAAAGAAUCCAUCCACAGACCACUGCUGUCUGAAGCACAAAUUAAUAGAAAUCAGGUUUCUUUGUCUCCUUUUCUUAAUAGUUUAUUUUCUUUUAUGUGAGAAGUGUUAGGAACUUUUCUAUGUUUUAAACUGUAACCAUUAAAUCAGAAGACACAGACCUGGAAAUACCAGUAAUGUAACACUUAAGCAUUCCUUCAUUCUUUAGGAUGUUAUUGGUAUUAUUUAUGUAUCAUCCAUGUCCAGGCCACCUCUUACAGAUUCAGGAGGGAAUACUUUGUCACAUGUCUGUAAAGCAGCCAGCUCCCUACAGUCUCUGGGCAGAUUCUGGCGCUGUACCCAUAAGGAACAGUAAGUAGUUCACUGGUAGAGAGGGCAAACACUGUUCUUCCCAAAACAAACUGAGCAACGUGGAGUCAAUUUGUGACAUUGCAUAUGCUAAGUAGUACUUGAGUUAUGUAUCUGAGUCCAGGGGCAUUUUUAGGAGCAAACAUGGUGACUGCAGGGCAGCAAGUGGAAGUCAGAGUUGCAUUAAUUUAGGUAGCAAUACCAGUCAUCUCUUGUGCAAGUAUGUCAAAGGAGCCCAUGCCCAGCACGCUCCCAGUCACGGUGUCUGUCCUGGCAGCAGUUGCACUACAGGCUUUGGAACACCAAGGACCCACGAGGAGCCCACUAAGCCUGUUUGUUGGAGGGGAGAACAGACACUGAGCCAUGACUUGGGCACGCAAGCAAAGAAAGCUUGGGUACUGGUGCCCAUGGUCAAACUCUUCCAGGCAGGCCCACAUCUACGGGGUAAAAAAUGUUGAAAUUAGGAUGAAAUUUGAUGUAAAAUCUUUUGUUAAAAAAGCUUCCAGGGCUGAAAUCAAAGUUGUAUACGUGGCAUUACAGCAGUCUAAAUCUGUCUUCCAUAUUCAAACACUUUUUAUGCCCUGAAGAAAAUUGUAGGCCAUAUAGGACCUCAGACAGUUCCUGUAAAAUGCAAAGCAUGUCUACAAUGCCCUUUACAGUGAAAUAGUAAAGUUUGCCUGCUGUUUUAUAUAAUUUUAGGAAAGUAAUUUUCAAAGAGAGCUGAAAAAUAAAUACAUGAAGAUAGAAAUGAUUCCUCAUUUUCACUGCAUACUUCUAUUUCCUCCAUGGAUAUGCCCUAACUAAAAUAAAUAAAUAUAUAUAUAUAGAUAUAUUUUUAAUUUAUAAAUAUAUCCUAUAUAUUAUACACAAUAAAUUUACACAGUGUAAAAUUUAUAAUUUUACACUUAUAUAUGAGAAGGUAUAUCACACAGACAGUAUUUACUGUACUGCAUAGUACAUACUGCAUGCUGUAUGUAACACAGUGCUGCAUACAGUGCAAGUUGGUAUAUUCUGUGCUUGUAAAUAAAUUUUUAUUUAUAUUAUACUACAUAUAUUAACAUAUAUAUAGAAAUAGAAGAUUGUAUUAUGUUAACCAUUACAGGUAUAAACAUCUUCUGUAUAUACCUGUGUUCCUCAUGCACCUUCUUUCAAUACCUCUUUUCAGACCACUCUCUGUAGGAAAGGUGAUUUUCAUUGACUCACUGUUGCUGUGUGUUUCAUUCCAUUUGGUGUUUUCUAGUCCAAGGCAGAGUCUGAACAUAAGCUAGCUGCAGGUAUAACAGUGUGGGAUUCUGGCCUACAGUUGGCACAAGUUCAGGUACAGCAUGCUAAGAGCCUCCAGCCUGCUUAAAGUCACAAAAAUUACCAUGAGCCCUCAGAGUAGAAGCUGAUGUAUGAAUUAAUUUUUUACUUGGACUUUGAUUACAGUGAUAUCAUGUUUUUAAGUGAAUACUCUCCUCUGUGACUGCUUGCAGAGUGAAGGCACUGGAGUGAUUUGGUUUUCUGUUGCAGAUUGAAAAGCCCUGUUGGCAUUUUGCAUCUUUCCAGUCUUGGUACACCUUUGCUGUAGGAAGUCCCUUAUUCAGAUUAAAAAUGCUUAACGAGUGAUAGCAAUAAAUAAUUUCUGAGUGAAUUUUAAGAAGCUGCUAAAGGUUCAGAGUUCUGUGUGCAUGUCUAUCUGCAUAUGGGAGUGUGGCAUUCUGUAUUUUUCAGUGAACUAAUUGUUAAGAAGAAAUUAAGUCAUCUAAUAUAAGUACAACAAGAGCCACCUUUCUUGUUAAUUUUUUGUCCAUUUGAUAGAUUUUUGUGAGGUUGCUUGUUAAACACUAUCCUGUUUUGGUUGUAACAGCUUGAGGUUUUUUUAGUGAUAUUAACAUAAAAGACUUUUAAAUAUUAUUUUUUCACUAGAGAAAAAGAAAAUGCUACAAAUGUUGAAUACCUGAUGGUACUUUUUGUAAGUCUCUCCACUAACUGUUUGGGUAAGUCCCCUACUGGAAUAGUCCCUUUCCCCCACAUGCCACUUGUUAAACAGUUUUAGCUGAAUCCAGAAUUUUACAGGUCCUCUUCUAAGCUUAGAACUUCUCUGCUACAUUACAGGUUGUGUCUUCUUGUCCCAGAGUCUGAGUCUAAAGGGUGCAUGUUUACGAUCAUGUGUUCUUCUGGUCUAUGUUGAAUUACAUUCUGAUUGUGUGCUAUUUUUUCUGCACUGAUUUUGGUUCCAUAAAUACACAUCUCAAACUCCUCUCAUGUCUAUAAGCAGGCGGGUGUGAUGUGUAUUCUUGUCAUCUCCCAGUGAUACACAGGGUAAUAACAUAAGUAUUAUAUUGGCAAAUCAUCUAGAUCACCUUCUGCAAGCUUUAUAUCAACAACUAGUAAUUGUCAGCCUGCGUCUCACUCCACCUUCAUUCGUACACACAGAUAGCUCUGUCACUAGCAUGACAUUUAAUCCUAGGCCUGUUAGUGAAAGAGAUACAUGUACUUCAGGUUUUGUGAUAAAAUUCAUAUAAAUAUAACUAGAACGUGGAUUUCUAUGAUAAUAUAUAUCCAGAGCAUGUUUUUCCAUUGACGUUAGUUUUCUCUGUAGCCAUCAACCAUGGCCCAAUCAAAUUGUUUUCUUUUACAGCUCAUGGUGACACAGAACACAGCACAUUGUAACUACAGGAACAGACUCGACUUUGAAAGAUCUCUAUCAGGCAUGACAGAGAAUUUGGGGCAGCUGGCAGUUAUCAGCUGAAGCAGUUACUCAGUAGAACUGUACAAGUUAAAUAGAUAAUUGAAAAGCCAUCUGGAAACCUGGGAGAGAUAACAAGCCUCUCUUCUAGAAGUGGGGUAACAACUCAGGAUUUAUUGGACUGUGAAAAAGCACACAAAUAACCACUCUUGUGCAGUGUUUCUUCUUCUCAUGUGCUAAAGAGACCAAGUACAGCAAACUGAAGACAUUAAUCAUCUGGAAAGAAUCUCAAUAUCACAGAAUCAUCAAGAUUGGAAGUGACCUUCAAUCAGUCCAAUCAUCAACCCAGCACCACCAUAAUCACCCCUAAACCAUAUCCACCUCCAGAUACCUCCUGAACAUUGCCAGAGAUGGUGACUCCACCACCUUUCUGGUCAGACUGCAGCUCUCUCCACUCCUGGAUAUCACAUAGGAGGAUCCAGCAGUGGAUGUUUGGAAAGAGAACAAGAUAAGGAAUGUGCACUUGUCCCUGCACAUUCAGUGAUAAUUUGAGUGUUAGGUGGUGGUAAGGGCUACAGUCAUCUUCAGGACUACUAGACCUUGUGCUGAGUCAGCUUGAGGUGACAGCUCCCUGCUCCUCCCUCCUGCCUACAGCAUGCACCUACUUCCACCUUUCAUCUACUCCCAGGCAGGAUUUUGGGUGGUGACUCCAAACUUACCUGAUAUUGAAAGAGGAAUUUGCCAGUGAAAUGAAGUCCAAGAGUGCAAGUUACAGCAGCCUUGAGACAGAGGCAAAUUCUACACUGGUAAAUAAUUUUUGAAAAAAGGUAAUAUUUUUAUGGAGCAGAAUGCUACAGCACCUUGGGUGUGGGACUCUGUGAUUGCAUGCUGAAGAUCUGCAGAACAGAUUCUGUAACACGAACUUCCACAGGCAGCACAGCUGGAUGUAAUUUAUAGAGAGUGGCAGCCUCCCUUCCCUGCUUUGAGCAACAGUGACAACAGCAAUCUUUACACAACAAUCCUCGUGGCUGGAAUGUGCUUGUAUGGAGAACACCACAGGAACAACAUUUCAUUGCCAAAAGAUUCAUCACGUAGAUUCAACAGAUUCUAUCCUGGGAAGAAAUCAGUCCCCAAGAGAAUUUCCCUUUCCUGCUUUAAACUUUUUUGGGAGCCUAUGGACAUGUACUAGGAAGCUGGAAUGUCAACUGCCUCUGGUCGUCUGUCUUCGGGGUACAGUUUUUGGCAUGCCUCGUUCUGAUGGUGCCAAACAAAAUUGUACCGUUUAAUCAAAUACGGCAUUGCUUAUUAAAUGCCAAAGUGUGUCUGUGCUCCUGCAAGAAAACCAUUGGAAUGGACUGCUCAGAGAGGUGAUGGACCAGGGUGCCACAAGGUGUUCAAGAAACAGCUGGAUGUGACACAGUGCUGUGGUGUAAUUGACAAGGGGUGAUCAGUCAAAGAAACAGUGGAGCCUGUGGAUGUGGAUAAAUAUUUGCAGACAGUGCAGCACCAAAGACCAGCCUUGAUCUCUCUCAGUCAGAAGUGAUCUCUUCUGUGUCACCAACAGGAAAUGAAUCAGAUGCCAUGUGCACUGCAGUGAAAGACAAGUACCAUUAAAAAAGUGCUGCUUCUUGAAUCUACACUACCAGCUAGGCAUGGUCUCACUUGGAGGUGUAACCUUCCAAAACCCGUCAGGCAGAAAAGGAGGAAAACUCCCCAGCCAAGCAUCAGACUCAGCUAGGUGUCAGUGUGGGACAGCGGGUGCAACAACAGCUGGAAAGCAAGCUUCUUUGAAUCACAGAAGAUCAACGUGGACAUGACAUGUAAUAUAGAUAUUGCUCCCAUUUAGCAGAAUCACUUCAGUUCCUCUCUACACAAACUCCCCUCAAAACUUCCCAGCCAUUUGUGUUUCACAACGAAAACAGACUGCAACAAAACCUCAACAACCUUAUAGACUUUAAAACACAGGUGCAAAAAGCCUCUGGAAUCUUAGGUGCGUUGUAUCUUCUGUCAGGGACAACAUGAAAUAGCCAAAGCAGCAAAAAGUGAAAGAAAUUUCUUGGCAUAAAAACACAAUAAAAAAGAAACAAAAAAGCAAUGGUAUAGCUGCAAUAUUUUAUCACUUUAGUUCUUUGUAAUACUAUUUCUUAAAGUAUUUAGAAAUAACGCCUACACUUAGUUUGAGGUGGCCAUCAGAGUAGCAGGUCUGUAUGAACCAAAACUUCCCUGACUGCAUGAAUGCACAAUAUUGUUUUAUUUUCACUGACUGCUUCAGUCCACCAUGCUGUGAAAAUAACAAACAGAAUAAAAUAGACAGUGCAAAAAUGGAAAAAGCCCAAAAAAAUCACAGGAGCAAAACUUGAAAUAAAAAUCCAUUCUACUAAAUUCUGGAUAAUCUAUUGAUAUCUUAAAUUGUGAGACAAUGUUGGCCACAAGUUAUGGUUUUGAGGUAUAUAUCAAACUACUGUAAAUUAUUGUACUUUAACAGCAGUUCAGUAGGAACAGAGAAGAUACAGGUUUAGACAGGUUUGAGAGAUUAUCUUCUCUGAGCUGGUUGCUCCCAAGCUUGGUUUUAUAAAAGCAGAGGCUAUGUCAUGCAGUAAAGAUGAGAGUGGCUUUGGACUGCAAGCAUGAUGUCUGUAGAUGUAGAAGGAAAAAGAAACAGAAACUCUCAGGAAGCAGCUGGGCCAGUGGGAUGUAGGUGCUAUGGUCUCCUAGUGAGCAUUCUGCUGAGUGCAUUUACAAUAAAGGUAAGGCUUAGAUUCUGCUUCAAUGCAUUCCUGGGUAAGGGACAUUUUACUUCACACAGUCUCACUGCUACCACAGCAUAAAAUUUAGACUCCUGUUUAAAAAGGUUCUGCUUUUCAUAAUCAUGCUAGUGAUUGUGUGCAGGAUUGGGUUCUUCCAAGCAUACAUAAAUAUUUACAGAAAAAUUUCUUUAUCUCACAAAAAAAGUUUAGAUGAUUGAUUUUUCAUAUAAAUAGACCUAUUUUAAUCACAUCUGGAUAUAUUUGCAAAAUCAGGAAUUAAAAAUACACCUGCUGAGAAUCACUUUCUGAAUUUCUUGGCAGUCAUUCACUGUUAAAAUAUUUUCUUUACAUGGAAUUUACUAAUGUUACUCUUUAUAGCCUACCAUUUCACUGACAGUUUUUUUCCAGACAGGCUUCCUGCUAGCAGAGGAGGAGGACCAGGUAAAAGCUAACUCAAGAAUAUUCAAUGACUAUUUUAUUGUGACUGUACUUAGCAAGAGGCUUAAUGCAGAAAAUUUGAAUCAACUUCACUAGGGAAGUUUAAGCAAUUUAAUAAAAACUAAUUACUAAUAACUCAGAACUUGGAGUUUCUCACACAUGUCCACAUUAUCAUACAAAAUAUCUCUGUGAAGCUCUUUUAUUUAACCCCCAAUUUUAUUCAGAGACAACAAAAGCAGCUCCCCAUUUGUUUCCACUUUGUGGCUUGAAAGGUGAUUUCAACUGUGAUGGUCUUUUUGGUUGCCUGUGAUAUGCUAUUCCACAUUCAAGUCUCUUUGAGGCGAUGUUGAUUUAUUAAUUAAAAAUCACUACUUUUACUACAUUAUGAUAAUCAUUUAUCUAGAAAACCUGAUUUUUAAUGUGUCUUUGAGCAGAGAAAAAUAUCUUUUGCUAGAUUCAGACUGAAGAUUAAAAUAUUGCAAGUAAUGCAUAUGAAACAAUAAUUCUUGGAGAAUAGUCUUUUCCCAUUGGAUAUUUAAACUGCCAGAUGCAGAGCAAGAUAGGGUACUGCUUUCUUCACUUUUUUCCUAAGUGGACGCAUUCUGAACACACACAUGCACACACACGCAUGCGCACACACGCAUGCACACACACACACACAAACACACACACAUAUUUACUAUAUACUUGCAUUUUAUAACUGAGAUGUUCAACCAUGUAACUUUUAAAAAAUUUGAUAUAUAAAAUUAAUAUAUAGAAAUAUAUGAGCACAUCCAGAGGAGGGAAACAAAGCUGGUGAGUGGAACACAAGCUGGGAUAGAGAGCUGGGCUUGUUUAGCCUGGAGAAAAAGAGACUCAGGGGUGACCUUAUCCCUGUACAGCUCCCUGAAGGGUGGCUGUAGUCAGCUGGGGGUUGGUCUCUUUCUCCAGGCAGCAACUGAUGGAACCAGAGGACACAGUCUCAAGCUGCAUCAAGGAAAAUAUAGGUUGAAUACUAGGAAAAAUUUUUUAAGGAAAGAGUUAUAAAGUACUGGAAUGGUCUGCCUGGGAAGGUGGUGGAGUCACCAUCCCUGGAUGUGUUUAAAAAAAGACUGGAUGUGGCACUUGGUGCCAUGGUUUUAAUUGAGGGGUCAGGGCACGGGUUGGACUCCAUGAUCUUGAAGGUCUCUUCCAACUUUGUGAUUCCGUGUGUGAUUUACAAAUGUAGACUGUUUACAUAAAGGUGAUAUGGUGACAGAAUUAUCUACACCCAACUAUGAGAUUCUGGGUUUAUUCCAUGUUGUUUACACUGAGACAGGUAGUUUUGCAAGUUAAUCAUUUCUAUAAUCAAUGCGAGAUGACGAUUCAGCUGUUUAGGUCUCUUCCUCACCAUCUGGAAAACAUUCUGCUUCAUGGGAUCAUCCCUGAGUAUCAUUACUGUUUUAAAUCUUAGGAUAUUCUCUCAUUCCCUUUCUAUAGCAAAUUACCUAUAGCAAAAUCCCUGUCUGCCUGGGCUGGUUGAUGGUGUCAGGGAGCAGAAUGGUCCCCGCAUUAUCCAAAAGGAGACAGUCAAAGAACUACUGAAAUGCUUGGAUGUUCAUAAAUCUAUGGGACCUGAUGGGAUCCACCCCAGGGUAAUGAGAGAGCUGGCAGAUGAGCUUACAAAGCCACUCUCCAUCAUUUACCAACAGUCCUGGCUCACUGGUGAGGUUCCGGAUGACGGGAAGCUGGCCAAUGUGACACCCAUUCACAAAAAGGGUGCAAUGGAGGAUCCUGGUAAUUAUAGACCAGUCAGCCUGACCGCAGUACCUGGCAAAAUAAUGGAACAGUUUAUAUUAAGUGCCAUCAUGCAGAAUUUACAGGAUGGCCAGAGUAUCAGACCCAGUCAGCAUGGGUUUAGGAGGGGUAUGUCAUGUUUAACCAACUUGGUCACCUUUUAUGACCAGGUAACCUGCCUAGUGAAUGCAGGGAAGGCUGUAGAUGUUGUUUAUUUGGACUUCAGCAAGGCCUUUGACACUGUCUCCACAGCAUACUCCUAGAUAAGCUGGCAGCCUCUGGCUUGGACAGGAACACUCUGUGCUGGGUUAGGAACUGGCUGCAUGGCUGGGCCCAGAGAGUGGUUGUGAAUGGUGCUGCAUCCAUUUGGCAGCCAGUCACCAGUGGUGUCCCUCAGGGGUCUGUGCUGGGGCCAGUUCUGUUUAAUAUUUUUAUUGAUGAUAUGGAUGAGGGUUUAGAGUCUUUCAUUAGUAAAUUUGCAGAUGACACUAAGCUGGGAGCAUGUGUCGAUCAGUUAGAGGGACAGAGAGCUUUGCAGAAGGACUUGGAACGGUUGGAUGGAUGGGCAGAAUCCAAUGGGAUGAAGUUCAACAAGUCCAAGUGCCGAGUCCUGCACUUUGGCCACAAUAACCCCCUGCAACAUUAUAGGCUGGGGACAGUGAAGCUGGACAGUGUCCAGGCAGAAAGGGACCUGGGGGUGCUGGUUGACAGCCGGCUGAAUAUGAGUCACCAGUGCGCCCAGGUGGCCAAGAAGGCCACAGGCAUCCUGGCCAGUAUCAGGAAGUGUGGCCAGCAGGAGCAGGGAGGUCAUUCUUCCCGUACUGGUGAGGCCACACCUAGAGUACUGUGUCCAGCUCUGGCCCCUCAGUUUAGGAGGGACGUUGAGAUGCUUGAGCGUGUCCAAAGGAGAGCAACGAGGCUUGUGAGGGGCUUGGAACACAAGCCAUAUGAGGAACAACUGAGGGAGCUGGGAUUGUUUAGCCUGGAGAAAAGGAGACUCAGAGCUGACUUUAUCACUCUCUUCAACUUCCUGAAGGGUGGCUGUGGUGAGAUGAGGGCCGGUCUCUUUCUCCGGGCAACAACAGAUAGAACAAGAGGACACAGUCCCAAGCUGCACCAAGGGAGAUACAGGCUAGACUUAAGGAGGAAGUUUUUCACAGAAAGAGUGGUCAAACACUGGAAUCACCUGCCCAGGGAGGUGAUGGAGUCACCAUAUCUGAAUGUGUUUAAAAAAAGACUGGAUGUGGCACUUGGUGCCAUGACCUAGUUGAGGUGUUAGAACAUGGGUUGGACUCCAUGAUCUUAAAGGUCCCUUCCAACCUAGAAAUUCUGUGAUUCUGUGAUUUUGACCUUCAGUUUUGACUUCACCUGGGGCAACAAACAGGCUCAGGACUCUGUGCUAUGCAGGGGUCUGCAGAAUGGAUGCAUCAACAGGCUGUCUGGCUUGUUCUGAUUUCAACAUUUUUUUCAUGUGUUCUUUCUGCAGAUUCUUACCUUUAGCAAACACAGGAAGAUAAUAAACUCACUCUCUUAACUGAGCAGCAUGGGUUAGAAUUCUCAGUAAGGUGGGAUAUGUUUGUGUCUAAGAACUGCUAGAAUUUGUAUAGCAGCUCAGCAAUGGCAAUUACACAUUUCAACACUGGAAUAUAUCUACAAGCUGAAGGCAUAGCUAACAUUAAGCAACAGUCCUCAUUUAUACUCAUUUGUUUUUGUCUGGAAGAGUUAUUAUUUCUGUCUGCUCAUGCCCCAGUUGUUCUUCAUGUCUAUGUCUAUCUCAAUACAGAUUCAUUUUAAAACUGACUGUACUGAUGCACUUUAAACUCUAUUGUAAGAGCUGGCUAGAAGGAUUCUAUUAAUAUUGCCAACCAGAGUCCCAAAGUCAUGAGUCAGAUUACCAAAUCUUUCAAACUGUGAAAUAAACCCCACAGCAUUCAUUUAUUUUGCUUGAUUCUAGGGUGAUAGGAAGUCUGUAAUUUUCAUAAAUUCUGUAAAGUCACAUGAUUUAAGAAGCUGGGAUUUUAGGGUAAAUUUCCCCAGGAUUGGAUAUCCCAGUGAAAGACAGCAACACUGAUACCUCUGUUCCAGUACAGUUACUUAAACUGCAUGUUCUACUUCACCUGGUGAGAGAGCAAAUUAACACUUGUGCAUUUAAAGGCACAUAUUGGAAAUUCUGCCUGUGCACACAUCAAGUCAGCUUUUGCUGGGCAUAAGACAAAUGUUUAUAUCACAUGAAACAAGUGAUAAUAUAUCAUGCUGGCUAUCCAGUCUGAAGGAAGUCUUAAUAAAAAGGUCAGAGUAUAUAAAAAGAUCAUAGUAAUACAAAUCAAAGCAGGCAAAGAAAGACCAUACAAGAGCUUUUUUUUCAGAGAAGGCAAGGGAAAAGAGAUAAGUAAAAGAACAUUGAAAUGUGCUGUAUUUCAACUAAAUUUUAAACUUCAGGGUAUUUACAUUAUCCUUUUUGAUUGAGAGCCAGAAUAUAGAUGGAUAUACAUAAUGAAUGAAAAUAAGAAUUAUUUGGAAGUGAGAUAUUUUUUGUUUAUUUAAGACCUUAAUAUUCCUUCCACCAAAGUAGCGUGGAAUGCUUUGAGAAUUUUGACAUCUGCAAACCUGAUUACAGUUUAUCUACAGCAUGAUGAAUUCAGACUUGCAGAACUGGUAUGAAACAUGGCAUGGAACAUGCAGAACAUGGAAAAAGUCAUAGAAGAUCUGUCCUAUAGAUUGAAAUAUUGAAUUACAAUGAGAACAUAUUGGUAUAAUGAAUUUUAUGAAAAUCUACAAUUAUAAAACUCAAGAUUUUCCUUCAUUAUAUAUGCACAAAAAUAUAUUCAUAAUUUAACUUUAAAAUCUACAAACAGGCCAAUGUGUGCUCACUGUCAGAAAAAUUGCCUUUCUUCCUGAAUAAAUUGAAAGUAAAAUUACUAACAUUUAAUUUUAUAUAAAUACCUAUAAUUGUAAUAAUAAAGAAUUCCAACACAAAUAUUUGUCUUUGUAGAUUUGACUUUUUGAUUAACAGCAAGGAAGACUUUACAAAAUUUGUGAUCAGGAUAUUUAUGCAGGCAGGUUCAGACAAAUCAAAUCAUUUGGACACAUUUGAUAACAUAUGCAGAUGUAGGACAGCACAUGAUCACACUGUCUAAGACAAUUAAUGAACACAUUUUCAUAGGGAGUUUAGAAAAACUUGUUUCCUUUGUAGUAUGGCUGUGGAGUGGUUGCCCACAGGACCACCCACACAAAUCAUGAUAUAGCUCAUUUUGAAGCACAAUUCACCCUAAAACAAGGCUCCCACUUAGAAGU